CUUGCUACCAACACACAAUGACACGAGCGCUUGACCAGAAAUGGCCAUGGACUCCCGGGCCCAGUUCCUCCUGUAAGCCUACGGCACAGCUCUGCCGGGAAAUUGACCAUGAAGGCCAGCCAAGAAAAACAUUGUCUCGCCGCGAUACUCACGAAAGCAUCAAUUUUUGCCCGUCUUGUCGCAUACUGAUCUCAAGAUGAAGCACUACACGACGAUCUUGCUCGCCAUCUUAGGCACCGCCACUGCGCAGACCACGUCCGUGAUUAGCGUCCUGAACCCCUAUUUCGGUGACAACCCCUACGACGCGUCCAUCAAGGACGCUAAUCCUACCGCGACGACGUACGUUGUGAGCUGCCAAACGGACAGCACGAAUUACCAAUGUCGCGAUGACCCCUCCGGCCUUGCCAUGACCCUCAUCGGAGGGCCGUCGACCGUGGAGCUUCACAUUGAACGUACUGCCAGCAAAGUAUCAACCGAAUACAUUGGUACCGUCUCAGACGGUGUCUUGUACUACCACGCGGUCGUCACAAAGAGUGGAAGCACCGUCACGCAGACCGAUACAAGUGUGUCGCCUCUGGGCACAAGCCUUUAUGUUCCCCUCACCGUUACCGCGGGCCUCGAGAAGUUGCAGCAAGCUCAGGCCGGCGCCACUACGACUGCGGCUGCAACAGCCACGGCAACCUCCACGGUGACCUCCACCGCAGCGUCCACGGCAUCGGCGCAGAGCGGGUCCAGAUCCGAAUCUGGGUCCGGCUCCGCUGCUGCAACGGCGACGACUGCGCAGGCCGCCUCGACGUCCACGCCCAACGCCGCUGCACCCCGAGUCGGCCGGGAUGGUAUGCUCGUCGGCGCUGUCGCUGCGGCUGGGUUCAUGAUGUUUUAAGUAUGUUGGUGGCAGAGCUAGAUCAUUGAAGAUGUCGUUUCAAUUGAGGGAGGCAUCGAUGAGCGGUGUAUUUCGGGAAACAGUCAUAGGCGACCUCGCGAAUGAUUCGCGACUAUCUUGACGCAUAACGACUGCUCCGACUGUGUUGCCAUGCUUGUCUCUCAUUCAUCUUCCAUGAUUACCUUUUGUUGGCUGCUGCGGCGGUAUUCCCCUGCACUUCAUUGACUUGGUGUGAGUCAAAGACGGUUAUUUUUUGUGGGUUGUCUUGCUGAAAACAACCAAAGCAUUGUUUGUUGGAACGAGUACGUCGGCUUUCAUACAGACGAGCAAUGAAUCGCCACAAGUCAUUCUGUAUGAGAAGCGAUAAAUUAAAUAGAUACAAAUCUAAACACAGAUACGAUUUAUUUCCCCCAACUCCAGCUCAAGCAUUUCUUAACUC